ACUGAGAAAGACACUGAGAAAGAGAGAGAUAUUGAGAGACAGAUACUGAAAGAGAGAGAGAGAGAGAGAGGGACUGGCUCUGGCUCUGCAGCGAGUUGACAGGCUCCAGCUCCGCACAGCCGCAGUACUCACGCGGUCAGUGAGUGUGCGCGUGAACUAGCGGUGAAGCUAGCGGUCAGUAACGGCAGCGCGCGGGUCUCUCGCUCGUGUUUUCGUGCGGGUGGUGAGGCUGUGGAAGGGAGGAAGGGACUGGAGCUCUGAACGCUUCCCGUUUGAGGUGGACUGCGCUCUGCUGGGUGGGAGAAUAUUCCUGACACUAACCUCUCAGCAGCUUCAGAGAGAGAGAGAGAGAGAGCGCCGCGGAGCCCCGGUUUAUACAGCGGACAGCAUGGAGUAGAGCUGCACUGACCCACCGACCGACCGACCGCGACACCAGCUCACACAUUCCGCGGGGUUAUCUCUCUCUCUGUAUCUUCUCUGUGUGUGAGAGCGCUCUUAAACACAGCCAGAGCGGAGCAGCCUGGUCGGGUACAGUCUCCAGAGAGCUGCAGUGGACUGGGAAGGACCACAAGAUGUCUGUACCGGUGUUCUGUAAAAUGUUCAACUGCCUGCAGGGGGCGCCAUCUGAGAACGUGCUGGCCAAGGCCCUGUAUGACAAUGUGGCCGAGUCUCCGGAUGAACUGUCCUUCCGGAAAGGGGACAUCAUGACAGUUCUGGAGCGGGACACGCAGGGCCUGGAUGGCUGGUGGCUCUGCUCGCUGCACGGGCGCCAGGGCAUCGUGCCAGGGAAUCGCCUCAAGAUCCUGGUGGGCAUGUACGACAAGCAGCAGCAGCAGCAACAGUCUCCUACCCCACAGACCAGCCUGCCUGCCAGCGCCUACACCAAACCCUCGCCUGCUACCCAGUACACAGCCAUGCACCCCGCCUACACCUGCACCAGCCCCCCGACCCCAGGCAAACCAGACGGUGUCUACAUGCUGCCCCCCAGCCACAGCAAAAACACACCUUCUAGCCUGUACCAAGUUCCCACAGGCCCCCAGACCCCACAGCCCCAGCCCAAAGCCCCUGCCCUCACACAGAAACAAGGCCACGGCAAGUACCAUCCAGCUGGACAGGAAAUCUACCAGGUGCCCCCCUCCAUGGGCUCUCCUGGGCAAGAUGUCUACCAGGUGCCCCCUUCAGCCGGAGGGCCGUGUCCUGGGCAAGAUGUGUACCAGGUGCCCCCUUCUCUGAACCAGAAACAAGACAUUUACCAGAUCCCCCCUUCCAUGGAGAAAAGAGGCUGGGACUCUUCUAAGACUUUGGGGAAGGUGGUGGUGCCCACGCGGGUUGGACAGGUGUAUGUGUACGACACAGGGAAAUCAGAGCAGGAUGAAUACGAUGUUCCUCGACACCUGCCUCCCUCCCAGGACAUCUACGACGUGCCACCAACCCGUGCUCAAUACAACCAACAGGUGUACGAUACUCCCCCUAUGGCAAUGAAGGGCCCAACCAGCAGAGACGCACAGGAAAUCUACGACACUCCGCCCAGCGUGGACAAGAACCAGCUGCUCUCCCAGCAAACGGUGUAUGACUUCCCCCCUUCAGUAAGCAAGGAUGUUCCAGACGGUCUCAUCAGGGAUGAAACAUAUGAUGUCCCCCCUCAUUUUGCCAAAAUGAAGUGUCUCGACUCUCAGAUUGAAGCGGGUUCAGAACCACCAAUUCCAGAAGACGUGUAUGAUGUUCCACCACCUCCACUAGCAGGAAAGCCCUUGCCUGAGGCACAGGAAAUUUACGAUAUCCCUACCAGUUUGCGUAAGACAGGACCACAGGAUCAGCACCCUGCAGAUGUCUAUGACUUCCCCCGCGAGCGCCCGGCCAUGGCAGAGGAGUCUGGAGACUACGUGUACGACGUGCCCCCGCAGGUUGUGCGUGAUGCAGCAGCCACCGAGGAACUGACAGUAAGCUUCAAGCGUUUGUCAGCCUCAAGCACUGGCAGUACACGCAGCAACCUCUCCACCUCAUCCUUAGACAUGGUGCCGGUAAGGGACAGCACGGGUCCAGGUCGCCUGCUUUCCCUGGACCUGGAGCAGGCAAUGGAACGCCUGUCCCGCUUGCAACAAGCCGUAGAGAGCUCAGCCUCACUACUCAUGUCCUUCAUCAGUGGCAACUGGCGCAGCCCCGUGCAGAUGGAGUCCAAUCUGCCGUCCAUCCGCCAGGCAGCCGAGCGCCUCCGGGCAGCCGUCCGGGACCUACUGGAGUUUGCCCGCGGUGCCGUGGCCAACGCUGCCCAGGCCACUGACCGCACCCUGCAAGCCAAGCUCAACAAGCAGGUGCAGAAGAUGGAAGAAUCCUUCCAGGGCCUGGUCAAGUACACUCAGGCACUAGACACCAUAGGCUGGGCACCUGCUACCCUUCUUGCAGCACCACCAACUGGCACCGGAGGGGACGACCUGGACAGGCUGGUUAUGUGCGCCCGGGGAGUGCCCGAUGACACCAAGCAGCUGGCAUCUUUCCUCCACGGCAAUGCUUCACUACUCUUCAAACGGACAAACAAGCAGCAGCAGCUGCCGCUACCUCCUGUUCCAGGUGUCGGAGAAGUGCCAGGUCAGUUGACUAACAACAACAACGUUUCAGCCUAUCAGACUGGCGUGCCCGAGAGGGCAAACAUCCAGUCCCGCCCACUGCCCUCGCCACCCAAGUUUUCAUCCGAGGAGGAGACUCCCGACAGGCCGUACGAGACCACAGAGGAGGGCUGGAUGGAGGACUACGACUACGUGCAUUUACAGGGAAAAGAGGAGUUUGAGAAGAACCAGAAACAGUUAAUGGAGAAAGGAAGCAUCAACAGACACAAUAAGACCCAACUAGAGCAACAGCAGCUUAAACAGUUCGAGAGGUUGGAGCAGGAGGUCAGCCGGCCAAUCAACAACGACAUCUCGGGUUGGAAUCCACCUUCACACUACCCUCCGCCGUCGCGCAGUAAGCUGUGUAUGGGCGACCGGCAGCUGCUGCUGUUCUACUCCGAGCAGUGCGAGGCCAACAUCACCACGCUGACCAACGCCAUCGACGCCUUCUACUCGUCCAUCAACAACAACCAGCCGCCCAAGAUCUUCGUGGCUCACAGCAAGUUUGUGAUCCUCAGUGCCCACAAGCUGGUCUUCAUCGGCGACACGCUCUCCAGGCAGGCCAAAUCUCCAGAGGUGCGCAGCAGAGUGGCCCAGCACAGCAACACGCUCUGCGACAAGCUCAAAGACAUUGUGAUGAGCACCAAGACUGCGGCCCUCCAGUACCCGUCUCCUGGGGCGGCCCGGGAAAUGACCGAGAGGGUACGGGAGCUUUCCGGCUGCACCCAGCAGUUUCGCAUGGCUCUCAAUCAGCUGCUGGCCAUGUGAACUGAACUGCGGGGCAGUCAGGGUCAUGUACAAACACUGAGGGGGGGCGACACAAGCACCAAGUCACACGUGAACUUUAAUGGACCUUUGAUGAAUGGACUUCUUCCACCAGAUGCUGUGGGCUUUUUAUUCCCAAAAAAGACUGAAACAGUGCCAUUGGGUGUAAAUGAAUCAAUGUAAAUAUUUGCACUUCUGUAAAGUGCAGGUGUGGGUUUGGGGGAGGGGACGCGAGUAGAGGGACAAGCGAAGAAAAAAGUAUGAACCAUAUUUCUUUUUUCUUUUCUUUUUUUUUUUCAAACAGUUGAUAAGAGAAAACAACUCAAAGUAGUUUUUAGAUACGAUCCAUUAUUAUUAUUGCUAUAAUAUAAUUAUUGCUGAUUAUAAUAAUUGUCAUCAUCAUUAUUAUUAUUAUUAUUAUGAGAUGUUGAUUAAGGAUGUCAAAUUGUACUUGUAUGUAGGAGUACUUAAUCAUGUUUUACAUCCAAAAUCAGUGAUGAGGAUUUUUAACGAAUUUGCCUGUUUGCAUGAGGAAGGCGAGGACAGCAGAUAAAGACAUGCAGUGCUUCAGGUGGAGCUGUUCCAGGGUGGACUCAAAGCAUGCUGGACAACUUUAAUACACAAAGUGAGUGAGCUUCAGCCUGCCUAGUUAAAAAAAAAAAAAAGACCCAGAAUGAACGCAGGGGGCUGUUAAAAGCAAAAGGUUGGAUGUAGAUGAUGUGACAUGACUCAAAAUCUGUCAACAAGGGUGUGGAGCCGAAACCAGUUAAAGAGUUAAAGAAUUAACUGCUUGCUCGCCACCUCAGUCCUCCCUCUCGCUCUCUCCUGCUUGGACUAUUCUGAACAGGUUUGUUUUGUCACUUCCUGUGCACUGUUCCAGAUCUUUCCAAUGUUCUAGAUGAGGUUUUCCUUUUCCAGUCUGGGGUAAACCCGCCUAUCAAGGCUGUUCUUCACUGCAGUAUCGCGCCCUGCGGGACAGGGUCAUCACAGCCAGACGGUUCUACACUGACAGGAGAAGACGCUUCUUUCUCGACAGUUCUGUUCCUACAAAGAUGCUCUUUUACUCCCAGACUCUCUCAUGCUUUACCACCUCAUAGACAUACACUGCUGGUGUAUUAAAACAGCCCAUUUUAUUCAAACACCUCAACACCCCCCAAAGACCAGCUGAAAACAGACGUAUCUAUACUGUAAUGUGGGCAGCGGUUCUUCUGUAUAGUCACUCAGCUUUUUGUCAAAGAAGGGCAGUACGGAGAAGAAGCCCAAACAUCUGCCUCAAACUGUCGUUCCUUGCCUUUUAACUCCCUGUUGGUUGUAUUCUAAAUAUCAGAAUAUGUCAGCAGACGUAGUUCAAUGAAACUUAUUAUAUCUUUUAAGUACUGCAACAUGUUGUUGUGCAUAUAGUCAAAAUCCCUAUCCAGUAAAAGAAAAAAAAAAAAAAAGAACAUUGAAAAUGAAUCGUGACCUGGUAUUUGGUAUUGUAAUGUUAUUCUGUUCUCAAAUCUGUGUUUAAAGAUUUGAAAGUACUUUGAGGUAAUAUGUUAAGAACAUACUGUAAAUUGCAUAACUGGAAAAUAUAUGUUUAAUAUAUUUUCAUUAAAAAAAUAAAUCAAGGCAUCCUGA